CCUCCCCCAAAUCACUAUUUAUUUCCUAAAAAAUUACUCAAUUAUUAUUCUCAUCUUUACGUGAAUUGAGUCGUUUUUAGGGUUUGUAGAUUCGAAUUCUUAGGGUUUUUGAUUCGGAUUAGGGGGACUGUUUUGCUCUGUUAUGGCUCAAUCGAUGAACAGAGGAAGGUUUGUGGUUGGGGAUUAUGUAGUUGGGAAGCAAAUUGGGGCAGGUUCGUUCUCGACGGUUUGGCACGCCAGGCACAGAGCCCAUGGCACUGGAGUGGCGAUCAAAGAGAUUGACAUGUCGCGAAUGAGCAGGAAAUUGCAGGAGAGUCUCAUGUCGGAGAUUGAUAUAUUGAAGCAGAUUAGACAUCCUAACGUCAUUCGAUUACACGAGAUGAUCGAGGAAACUGGAAAGAUAUACAUUGUGUUGGAGUACUGCAAAGGGGGUGAUCUUUCCAUGUUUAUUCAACAACGCCAAGGAAGGAUCCCAGAAGCCACUGCAAAGCACUUUAUGCAGCAGCUUGCGGCUGGUCUCCAAGUCCUUCGUGAGAAUAACGUCAUACAUCGAGAUCUAAAGCCACAGAAUCUCCUUCUAUCCACAAAAGAAGACAACUCUAUUCUGAAGAUUGCAGAUUUUGGAUUUGCAAGAUCUCUGCAACCAAGAGGCCUUGCAGAAACCAUAUGCGGUUCACCACUCUACAUGGCUCCAGAAAUAAUGCAACUUCAGAAGUAUGAUGCAAAGGCAGAUCUCUGGAGUGUUGGCGCCAUUCUAUUUCAGCUAGUAACUGGGAAAACCCCAUUUACCGGACAAAAUCAAAUACAGUUGCUCCAGAACAUUGUGAAAUCAACUGAAUUGCAUUUUCCUCUGGAUAAAAUUUUAAGUGCUGACUGCAUGGAUUUGUGCCGAAAAUUGCUGCAUCGUAAUCCAGUGGAGCGUUUGACGUUUGAAGAGUUCUUUAACCACCCAUUUCUUUCUCAAAGGCAACCAGAUGAAUUGUUGAGGAAUAGGAGAUCCCCAAGAAUAGUAGGUAAUAUUCCUCCUCCAGAAUGCAAUCCUGUGAGGAACACAGAAGAAAGUUCUCAAGAAGAUUGUUUACCGUUCAGUUUAGAUGAUGAUCCCUGUGGUCCUGAUGGGAGUCCAUCCUUUGUUAGGAGAUCCCCUUUGAGAUCUACAUAUGGAUUCUCUUUAGAAACAAAAGUUGAUAGGAGGGAACUGUUUGAAAGUUCAAAUAAGACAGAUCCCAAUUCCAAGUUUAGCAGUGUCGCACAUAAACGUGAAAUUUCUGGUUUAAGACUUGGCAGUCGGCGGCCCUCCGAAGGAAAUCUGAAAGAUUCUCUUAUAUCAGUGGACCACAGACCAGUAAAUAUGCAUUCAAAAGUUGCGGACUCGUUGGAAUUGAUUGAUCAAGAUUAUGUUCUUGUAUCUGGUCCCCCUAUCGACGUGUCUUCUUCAGCGAGUGCUUCUAAGCUAAGCCAUUUGUCUUCAAACUCUGGGAGUCCCCCACUAGAGUCUGGGAAGAUCAAGGCCACACCUAGUGCCCCAGUGCCAAUCAUUGGCGCAGCAACCAGUCAAAUGGGUUGUGUUGGAAGCUUGGAAAGUCACAGCUCUGUUCCUUCUGGAACUUCACCGAGAUCCAUGGAUACAGGGGACUGUUUGGAGCAGCCAUCAACUGGUUGCUUGAAAAGGAUUCAGUCAUUGCGGCAAUGUGCGUGUGCCAUCACAGAACUAGUAAAGGAAAAGAAUGAGGCAGAAAGGAAACUUGAAGCAUUCUCCAUUCAGCUUGUAAUCCUUGCAAUAUGGAAGCAAGCACUGCAUAUUUGCCAUACACAAGCCGCAUCAGCUAUUGAAGGAAGUCCAACCCAAGAAGUUGCUAGAUUAAGGGAGAUCACUCGGAAGGAGCAUGGUAGUCCUGAUAUCCAAGAAGGUCUUGAUACUGCUAGUGCUACUCAAGUGCCACGGGAUAUAUGCUCUCAGAUUGAGAGGACAUUCCUUCUUGAAGUUGCGAAUGCUGAAGAAUUUGCCAAGGUUUUAGAGCCUGGAAAUACAGAGAUGCCAGAUGCAAUGGAGACAAUAUUUCAGGCUGCCCUUGCUCUGGGGAGAAGUGGGGCUGUUAAGGAGUGCAUGGGUGAUACUGAAAACGCAGCUGUUUUUUAUUCAAAAGCAGUGCGUUUAUUAGGCUUCCUUCUGGUGGAAGCACCAUCUCUCAUUCUUAAUCCUCCCUUCUCCAUCACCAAUUCGGACCGUUACAGGCUUAGAACUUACAUUGAUGUGCUUAAUAACCGGCAAACCAUUUCAAGAUCUCAGAGGAUGGCUCUUCUUAAGGGUGAAGAUCAACAAUGCCCUCCUUGAAUACAAGGCUAUUCUUUAGGUUACUGUGGAGCGCUAGAGGAGUUGACCUGUGUGUGGACAAAAGGUUGUUUAAUGUACAGUGUUUCUGUAAUCUUAAUCUUUACUUAAUUCCCACAGAAAAAGAAAAAGAAAAAACACUUGAGAAUGGCAAACAUUUAUUUAUUUUUUCUUUCGUUUC